GAACAAGGCUGCUGCUGCGCUGAUAACUUCUGGAUCACGUUGUUACGGUCAGUUAACCUUCUGGAGCCCUGGCAAGGAAGCUGUCUACCUGUCACCUCCAAUUGCUGAUUGUGAAACGCUGCAUACCUAUACCUCUCAGCGUGUUGCUCUCGUCGCGAUAAACAGCUGUUUAUCCGUCCCUAUAUAUCGACUGUCUAAAGUCACAAAUCCUGACUUUACUAUCCUCAUGCCUACCCCGCUCGUCAAAGCCUCUGAUUACGGAGCCACCAGUCAUUCAGCAGUCGACUUUGACCUAAAGGACGAAAGUUUGCUCCUCAACAAUCUCUCCUUCAAUACGGAUAGCGGGGAGAGUGAGACGCAUGAGCUCCGAACUGCGCCGAUUUUCACUCGAGAGGCGUAUCUUGAGGCUAAUUUGGGUAAAAAUGUCCUGCAGUAUGGUGUCCUUGGAACAAUCAUGAGCAUACGAUCUCCUUCUGGAGCUCAGUCUCCCCCAACUGAUAGACGGCUUUAUGUGAAUACGAACGCCCCGUUCUCGGCCGUUGUCUGUGGUGUGCAGGGAUCGGGCAAAUCUCACACGGUAUCUGUGCUCUUGGAGAGCAUGUUUAUUCCGAAUUGUCCAGCCACAGGGGAACUUAAAAAGCCGCUGUCCGGCCUGGUCCUUCAUUUUGGUGAGACCGGUUCUAGCUCGAGGCCUUGUGAGGUUGCGUUCCUGGGCGCUAGCCAGUACCGCGGCGUGCAGCCGCCAGAUAUCCGCGUUUAUGUCUCUCCCUCAUCGUUGAACCGGAUGACAGCUUUAUAUGCACCAUUGGGAAAACGUGUACAAGUGGAGCCACUGUACCUCUCCGAAUCGGAGCUUGAUGCCUCUGCAUUUCUUUCUAUGAUGGCUAUUGGCUCGUCGGAGGCCGCGCCCCUUUAUAUUCAGACAGUCAAGGCGAUUCUACGCACUUUGGGCGAGAAAUACACUUACACAAAAUUUCUCAACAUCCUUGAGACGAAGAAAAAGACCUUCAAUCCCGCACAGUUGAGUGGAAUUCAACAACGAUUAGAUCUGUUGAUGUCCUUCACUUCGCCGAAUAUCCCAAAGACAGCCUCAAAAUCCCGUUUCUGUGAAGGGAGGAUCACUAUAAUAGAUUUAUCGGAUCCUUUCAUCGAUUCUUCCUCCGCUUGCGGGCUUUUCGAGAUUCUUCUCCGUCUCUUCGAAAGAGCAGAUGUGUCGACCGGGAAAGUCCUUGUCGUAGACGAGGCUCAUAAAUAUCUUUCCGAGAGCAGAGCCGCAUCGGGACUUACGAAGGCGUUGUUGACUCUCAUCCGUCAACAGAGACAUAUGGCGAUGAGAGUCGUUCUGAGCACGCAAGAGCCCACCAUCAUACCGCCUGUUUUCAUCGAGCUGUCGUCUCUGGCGAUAAUGCACCGAUUCUCAUCAUCAGCUUGGUGGAACCAUUUAGCCAAACACGUGUCAGCGGAUCUGUCAGGUCAUGAUACGUUCGACCAAAUCGUCAAGCUGAAGACUGGUGAAGCCAUUGUCUUGGCUCCGUCCGGACUCGCUAUCCUGGAAGAAAACAAUCCUUCCACCGGCGCUAGCAACGGCACAAAGCGUAGGCUAGGUCAACUUGGCCGUCGGUCUCUGUUGAUCAAGACGAGAAAACGGGUCACAAAGGAUGGUGGGAUGUCCAUCUUGACAGUAGAUGGAACGUAUGGGUUCGACACAUAAUUUCUUGCUCGGCAUGCAGUUCUUGUUAGCGCUCGUCAUUCAUACGUAUUAGUUGAGCUUCGUAUGUAUAAGUCAUGAGAAAAGGCUGCGGCACGGGAUUGCAGAUGCGCCUUAGAGUAGUAGAGGCUUUCGUUGAGAUCAAUAGACAUAACGGACUGUAAAAGAUGUUGUUGUCAGAAGCC